GCUCAGGCUCUCUCCGGCGCAGCCAUGGAGACCUUGCGGAGGAGGUGGCAGCUCCUGGCGCUGAGCACCCAACUGCACAGCAUCAGGCGCCGUCACAGCGGCUCCCCAGGCAGGGCCAAGCGUAUGCUGCUCUCCCAGCUCUUCCAGCCCCUCUCGCUGCCAAUGGGCAGCAAGGCAGGGUGCGACGGCCGGGGAGGCCCCCCCUGCCGCAGCCAGCGGCUGAUGCUGCAAGGGGGGCUCAUCCGCCCCGCCAGCCCCGGCUGCUACUGCUACCUGCCGCCCACCGUGCGCGCCAUGGAGAAGCUCAUCAGGGUGAUGGAUGAGGAGAUGCAGGCUGUGGGUGGGCAGAAGCUCAGCAUGCACAGCCUGUGCUCGGCAGAGCUGUGGCGCGCUAGCGGCCGCUGGGACCAGAUGGGGCCGGAGCUCUUCCGGCUGGUGGAUCGGCACAACCACAGCUACUGCCUGGGCCCCACACAUGAGGAGGUGGUGACGGAGCUGGUGGCCUCUCAGAGCCACCUGUCCUACAAGCAGCUCCCGCUGCGCCUCUACCAGGUAACCAGGAAGUUUCGGGAUGAGCCCAAGCCACGUUUUGGCUUGCUGCGCAGCCGGGAGUUCUACAUGAAGGACAUGUACACCUUUGACACCUCUGAAGAGGCAGCUCAGCAGACCUAUGAACAGGUGUGUGAUGCCUACUGCAGCUUCUUCAGCCGCUUGGGCCUUCCCUUUGUCAAAGUGCAGGCAGCCACGGGCAGCAUCGGCGGCACCAUGUCCCAUGAAUUCCAGCUCCCAGCAGACAUCGGCGAGGACAGGCUGAUGCUGUGCCCUGAGGGACAUUUUGCGGCCAACGUGGAAACAUUAAACAGGGAGCAAACCUCUUGCCCCACGUGUGGGGAGAAACUCACUGAGACCAAAGGGAUUGAAGUGGGGCACACAUUUUAUCUAGGCACCAAAUACUCCUCCGUCUCCAACGCUGUCUUCUGCUCCCCUGAGAACAAACUCCAGCUGGCAGAAAUGGGUUGCUAUGGCCUGGGUGUUACUCGCAUCCUGGCGGCCUCCAUCGAGGUGCUAUCUACAGAGGACAGCAUCCGUUGGCCGAGCCUCAUCGCUCCCUACCAGCUCUGCUUCAUCCCCCCCAAGAGCGGCAGCAAGGAGGAGGAGGAGGGAGCCAUGCGGCUGGAGCAGGUGUAUGACGACCUGGUCGAGGCACUGCCCCACCUUGCUGGUGACUCAGUGCUAGAUGACAGGACACAGCUGACCAUUGGCAAAAGGCUGAAGGAUGCCAACAAAUUGGGUUAUCCCUAUGUGGUCAUAGCUGGGAAGAGGGUCUUUGAGGACCCCCCAGUGUUUGAGGUUUGGCAUCAGAAUGCUGGUGAGGUUUUGUUCCUCACCAAGGAAGGUAUCAUUGAGUUGCUAAGUAAAGUGCAAAUCCCUUAA